AUGGUGGUAGCUACGCAAGUUAAUCCAAUCCGGAUGGAAAAGAUUCGAGAAGUAGAUAUUCCAGUGAUCGAUCUUUCUUGCAGUCGAUCGAAAGUGGCAAAGCUCAUUGUAAAGGCUUGUGAAGAAUAUGGUUUCUUCAAAGUCAUUAACCAUGGUGUCUCUCAUCAUAUAACAAAGGAAAUGGAAGAUGAAAGUUUUGAGUUCUUUGAUAAACCCUUACCCGAAAAGGAACUAGUUGGAUCCGCCAACCCCUUUGGCUAUGGUAGCAAAAACAUUGGCCUUAGUGGAGACACGGGAGAGCUUGAAUACCUUCUUCUUCCAACUAACCAAAACGCCAUUGCUCAGACCUCCAAAUUCAGCUAUGCAUGGGCAUCCUUAACCAAAACUCACAAAGGUUAUCAUUUAAGCAAAGCUCUGAGCAUAAAAAAUUUCAAUAACAACUCACAAUGUCGGCUUACUCUAUGGGUAACAAUGUGUGUGGUGAGUAGUUAUGUCAAAAGUGUUAGGGAGUUGGCAUGUGAGAUAUUGGAAUUGAUAGCCGAAGGGUUGGGGGUCCCACACUCUUUAUUCAGCCACUUCGUCAGACACUUUGACAGUGACUCCCUUCUCAGGCUAAAUCACUAUCCACCUGUCACUCACUCCUUCCACCAUGGCAACAUUGGCUUCGGAGAGCACUCUGACCCUCAGAUCAUCACCCUUCUCAGAUCCAACGAUGCUCCUGGUCUUCAGAUAUCUCUCAGAAAUGGUCUUUGGCUUCCUGUUUCACCUGACCCACAUGCCUUCUGUGUCAAUAUCGGUGAUAUCUUGCAGGCUAUGACGAAUGGAAGGUUUGUAAGUGUGAGGCAUCGAGCCAUGGCUAACUUGUUACCUAACCAAUCUAGACUAUCGAUGGUUUUCUUUGGUGCACCCCCACCCGAAGCAACAAUCGCUUGCCCACCACAACUACUCAAACGAAACAAGCCGAUUUACAAAACUUUCACUUGGUCUGAGUACAAGUCGCAUACCUAUGCUCAUCGACUAGGUGAAACUAGGCUUGAUCAUUUCAAGAUUACUUAG